AUGGUCGUGUCGUUUUACCGUCUCAUCGAAUUGUCACAUCGUCAGAAGACUUCAAAUCAAGUACCUGAAGAGACGUUUACCCAUCCAAUGUCAUCGGAUCGGCACAUGUCAACCUCACCUUCUAUAAUACAAGAUUACGGUGAGCUACCUGAUAUACCUGACAAUUUAUUAAAUACUUCUGUACCGACAUCCAUAUCUAUGUUAAUAUCCGAUGCCACAUCGAUUAACUUUCCCAGUGAAGAUAUCGAAAACUUGCCACCGGCAACGGCAUCUCUGUCACAAACUAGAGUUGUAAGGCUAGAUGACCAACCAUCAGGGGAAGGAACUUCAUCUUCUUGGAGUACACAAGGGACAAUGAAAAACAUAGAAUUCACCAGAACCCAGGAAUUACUAGUUCCAGCUCCAUUUGAUUCAUUUGAGGCAUUCCGAUUACUAUUAGACGAUAAUAUUCUAGAUUUGAUAGUGCGUGAAACUAACGCUAAUGCCAUUCGAGUACUGAAGGCCCCUGGUGUCAAACAACACUCACGAAUAAUAUCCUGGAAAGACAUAACACGAACUGAAUUGUUAACAUUUCUUGGGUAA